CUGGAUUCAUCCAUUUCCCAUUUCCAAACCCCUAUCACUGGUCCUCAGCCAGCUGCUAUCUACAUCUGCCUCUAUUUGCAAAAUCACCAAAUGCUGUUGUGACGACAGGAAGCUGGACCCGGACCGUGGGACCGACCCUGGUCGCAUCUUGAUGACGUAUUCGUAGGCGCCGAGCUCUAUCUAUUGUGUUUAUGUUUAGCUCUCAGACGUCUCAUGAAUGGACGCGUCAUCGUCGUUAAAGUCAGCGAAUUCUACGUUUGACAUGGACUGGAGCACAUCUUAAAAUCGACCAUCUGUGCACGCGUGCAAAGAUGAACAAAGGCUGGCUGGAGCUGGAGAGUGAUCCAGGGUUGUUCACUCUGCUGGUGGAAGAUUUUGGUGUCAAAGGAGUCCAAGUAGAAGAAAUAUAUGAUCUUCAAAGCAAGUGUCCAAGUCCAGUCUAUGGCUUCAUCUUCCUGUUCAAAUGGAUCGAGGAACGUCGAUCCAGGAGGAAAGUUAACACUUUGGUGGAUGAAACCUCCGUCAUCGACGAGGAAAUCGUAAACGACAUGUUCUUUGCACAUCAGUUGAUACCAAAUUCCUGUGCCACACAUGCGUUGUUGAGCGUGCUGUUGAACUGCAGUGGUGUCGAGCUCGGCACAACUCUCAGUCGCAUGAAAGCUUUUACCAAAGGCUUCAGUCCAGAAAGUAAAGGUUAUGCAAUCGGAAAUGCCCCGGAACUCGCCAGAGCACACAACAGCCAUGCCCGCCCCGAGCCCAGGCACCUUCCGGAGAAACAGAAUGGAAUUAGCGCAGUGCGGACCAUGGAGGCGUUCCACUUUGUGAGUUAUGUGCCCAUCAAAGACCGACUCUUUGAGCUCGAUGGGCUCAAGGCUUAUCCCAUUGACCAUGGACCUUGGGGAGAAGAGGAAGAGUGGACUGACAAAGCUCGGCGUGUUAUUAUGGAGCGGAUCGGUUUGGCCACCGCUGGUGAACCGUACCAUGACAUUCGCUUUAACCUGAUGGCUGUGGUGCCGGACCGCAGAGUGAAGUACGAGUCCAAACUGGAGAUACUAAAGAAGAAUCGACAGACGGUUCUGGAAGGUCUACAGAAGAUGAUCAGACUCACCCAACCAGAGCUCGUCCAUGACAAGAAGCAGCAGGGCUCAUCAUCCCCGGACGAAGGCGCUACAGCGGUCAAGAAGGAGGCGGAGGCAGAGCCAAUCACUUCUCAGACGGCAGAUCCGGCUUCUUCAGACUCGGUGGAUGAAACAGGGAAUCAAUCCAAGGACGCUCCCACACCCUCAGGAAACGCCAAGGUCAUGGGGAAACCAGCGGUCCCAGCAGGAGGAGCUCCACCGUCGGUCACCAGCCCCAACCCCAUCGUUCAGCGCCUGCCUGCGUUUCUGGACAAUCACAACUACGCCAAGUCUCCAAUGCAGGAAGAAGAGGAUCUUGCUGCAGGAGUUGGACGCACUCGUGUGUCGGGCCCCCCUCAGCCACCAUUCUCAGAUGAUGAAGACGACUAUGAGGAUGAGGAGGAGGAAGUGGUCACUAGUCCUGCCAGCACCUCUAGCCGAUUUAGACGGAAGGCAAGUCUGCGUUCCCGUCCAGGUCGAGUUGUGACUGGAAUGGAAAGCCAGAUAGCCUUGAGUGUGUUGGCAGAGAAACUGAAGAAAGAGGCCCAGAAGAAAGACGCCCUCAACACGCCGCUGUCUGUGCGCACCGAGGGCCGCACCGGAGGCAUCUGCAUAACGUCUGCAUCCCAGCCCUCACCCACACCCAGCAACGAAAGCACCGACACGGCGUCUGAAAUCGGCAGUGCCUUCAACUCUCCCCUCAGGUCGCCCGCCCGAUCCCAGGCCGCCACGCGCCCGUCCAGCCCGGUUGCCUCACAUUUGUCCCGGGUGCUGUUCGGAGAAGACGAGAUGCUCAGGCUCGACUCCAGACACAACCGCGCCGUCAGAGAGCUGGGUCCGUCUGUCAGCAUGGCUUUGUUAAAACUGCAGGAGGAUGGUGUCAUAUACGCUCUCCCUCCCUCUGAUCUGGCGGCCGAUGGCACGAAGCUGCCUGGUACUCCAGAGAAGGUCAAAGAAGAGGAGCAGGCAGGAGCGGCAGCAGGAGGGAAGGAGGCAGAGAAGGAGGCUGAUGCUGGUCCGUCUGCGGAGGUGAAGGUGAAGGAGGAGGAGAGCAAAGAGGGAACGGAGGUGAAACCCAGCAAGGAAAAACUCAACGCUACAGAAACUGCUGCUGGCAGCAAACCCCCAGGAGAUAAAUAUUCACCAAAAGAGCUGCUGGCACUUCUCAAGUGUGUGGAGGCAGAUAUCGCCAAUUAUGAAGUGUAUCUGAAAGAAGAAGUGGAGAAGAGAAAGAAAUACAAAAUUGAUGAUCAGAGGAGGACUCAUAACUAUGACGAGUUCAUCUGCACCUUUAUUUCAAUGCUGGCCCAAGAAGGAAUGUUGGCUAGCCUUGUAGAGCAAAACAUUUCAGUGCGACGUCGACAGGGCGUUAGCAUCGGUCGCUUGCACAAACAAAGGAAGCCGGAUCGCAGGAAACGCUCCCGUCCUUACAAAGCCAAACGACAAUGAUCACCAACAAUCAGUAGAAAAAAAAAAAAGAAGCUGCUGCAAAUUCAAACAGAUAGUUUAGUCUUGCAUUUACUUCGGUUUUACCGGAAAACAAAAGGCGUAGUUGAUUUUUAUCUCCAUGUAAAUAUUUAAAACCAACGUCAACACUUUAGAGUUACUGUGAAUUCCCAUCAUGUGUCAGCGCCCUCUACAGUUUGUAUUUACGAACAAAGACGUGUCGUCAGUGAAGCUGCGGACGACUUUUUAAGUGAAGAUCUUCUCUGGAGGAUGUCAUCGUCAGUCAUGUGUCACGUUCAUCCUCAUGACCUCUGUCUUACACUCAUGUUGUCACGGUGCCAACAAAGUAUUAGGUGUUUGGACAAAUCACACACUUCGUUCGUAGUUCAUAGCUUUUAUAUCAGAAACAAAUGGUGACACGACUUGUUUUUUUUUUUGUUUGUUUUUUUUCUUCCCUCUCUUUUUCUCUGAUCGACUUCAGUGGUUACGUCUGUGCGUCUCUGGGGUUUUUUCCGAUGAGAAACAAGCUCUUGUGUUUAUUUUUGUACUCGAUGCUGAUCUGGGAGUGAUUGGAUGUCAAGAGUGGACGCGUGCAUCUGUUUAUUUUGUACAUACGUGUCUGUUAAUUGGCUUCUUUGUAUAAAUAAUUCAGUUUCUGUUAGUGCUCGCCAUUUCUUACUAAAAUAAAGUCAGUGGAAAAAAAAA